AUGGCGCCAGUGUGCACGGCAAGCCGUCUCCGCUUCCCCGACUUCUAUCUGUUGUUGGCUAUUUUAUCUUCUAUAUGUUUCCUGGAUGUUACCACACUAAUCGUUUAUGAUCGUCAAACGCUGUUCGAUCUCCGGCCUCUGAAACAUCAAUCAGCAAACCCGUACUGGAAACCAGGAAAUUACACCCCGUUUCCCACAGACACGACUGCGUACAUACGCCGCUUGCCUUUCUUCCUCCCCGCCAAGAAACGCCCUCGACAACGGGGAAAACGGAGCGGCGUCCGGACUCGCAUCAAAGCCUACUUAAAAUUACAUGGAGUAAUCAACUACCAUGCCAUUCCGGAUAUCUUUCAACCCCUAUUUUCUUCUCACGACCAGCACACCAUCAGACUAUUCCGUCAUCGAUGGACCCGCCAAGUCGGACAACUUGCUCACUCGGAGUUACCGGCCGAUCAUGUACCUACUAGAAGCUGGUUGCGGGCUCGUGGAGGUGGCGUGAAUCACAGCAACUUACGCCUGCUGAGGCGUGCUCCUAACAACAAUGAGAUGACUACGAUCCAGAUGGCUGUGCUCAAUACCAGAUCGCUGGCGAACAAGUCCUUUGUCCUGAAUGAUUUUUUUCUCUCAUCCGGGCGGGACUUCCUAUUCCUGACAGAAACCUGGAUUCGCCCCGCUCAGCACUCACAUCACUGCUCCAUCAUUAUUCACAGGAACCCACCUGGACCUCCACCCAGCUAUGUGUCCUUACAAAGUGACGCAUCUGAAGAGCGCUUCAUUUAUUUUACAUCCCAGCCUCUGUCUGCUGCAGAGAGGAUGCAUGGGAGACCUGCUGGACCUGAACCUGAACACAGCUGUGUGUCCUUAAAGAGUGACUGGUCUGAAGAGCGCUACAUUAAUUUUAAAGUCCAGCCUCCAGGAUCCAGCUGUCCGUCUGUGAGGAGUGACCAGUCCAAAGGUCAACCUCCCGCCUUCAGUGGUGAACCUGGACCAACGAGAGGUCAGAGGUCACAGUCUGCAGGGUCCAGCUGUCCGUCUGUGAGGAGUGACUGGUCCAAAGGUCGACCUCCAAACUUCAGUGCUGAACCUGGACCAACGAGAGUGGACCAGCAGAGCUCAGAGGUUCCCAGUGGUCAGUCUGCCCAGCAGCAUCAAACACAGCUGGACUCCAUAUUUAUGCUGCUGGAGGACAACAUCAUCACUUUUGUGAAGAAUGAGCUGAAGCAGAUCCAUAAGGCUCUGACUCCAAAUAAGCCCCAUUUCUUGGAGUUUCAGAGGGAGGAGGAUGAGCAGAGGAGCAGCAGCAGAGAGGCAUUUCUGAAGAUCACAGUGGACUUCAUGAGGAGAAUGAAGCAGGAGGAGCUGGCUGACCGUCUGCAGAGACAACGUCCAGCUGCAAUUUGUCAUUGUAGCCUUAAAUCUGCUCUGAAGAAGAAGUUCCAGUGUGUGUUUGAGGGCAUCGCUAAAGCAGGAAACCCAACCCUCCUGAAUCAGAUCUACACUGAGCUCUACAUCACAGAGGGAGGGACUGCAGAGGUCAAUGAUGAACAUGAGGUCAGACAGAUUGAAACAGCAUCCAGGAAACCAGACAGACCAGAAACAACCAUCAGACAAGAAGACAUCUUUAAAGCCUCACCUGGAAGAGAUGAACCAAUCAGAACAGUGCUGACAAAGGGAGUGGCUGGCAUUGGGAAAACAGUCUUAACACAGAAAUACAGCCUGGACUGGGCUGAAGACAAAGCCAACCAGGACAUCCAGUUCAUAUUUCCAUUCACUUUCAGAGAGCUGAAUGUGCUGAAAGAGGAAAAGUUCAGCUUGGUGGAACUUGUUCAUCACUUCUUUACUGAAACCAAAGAAGCAGGAAUCUGCAGCUUUGAAGACUUCCAGGUUGUGUUCAUCUUUGAUGGUCUGGAUGAGUGUCGACUUCCUCUGGACUUCCACAAAACUACAAUCCUAACUGAUCCUAGAAAGUCCACCUCAGUGGAUGUGCUGCUGAUAAACCUCAUCAGGGGGAAACUGCUUCCCUCUGCUCGCCUCUGGAUAACCACACGACCUGCAGCAGCCCAUCAGAUCCCUCCUGACUGUGUUGGCAUGGUGACAGAGGUCAGAGGGUUCACUGACCCACAGAAGGAGGAGUACUUCAGGAAGAGAUUCAGAGAUGAGGAGCAGGCCAGCAGGAUCAUCUCCCACAUCAAGACAUCACGAAGCCUCCACAUCAUGUGCCACAUCCCAGUCUUCUGCUGGAUCACUGCUACAGUUCUGGAGGAUGUGCUGGAAACCAGAGAGGGAGGACAGCUGCCCAAGACCCUGACUGAGAUGUACAUCCACUUCCUGGUGGUUCAGGCCAAAGUGAAGAAGGUCAAGUAUGAUGGAGGAGCUGAGACAGAUCCACACUGGAGUCCAGAGAGCAGGAAGAUGAUGGAGUCUCUGGGAAAACUGGCUUUUGAUCAGCUGCAGAAAGGAAACCUGAUCUUCUAUGAAUCAGACCUGACAGAGUGUGGCAUCGAUAUCAGAGCAGCCUCGGUGUACUCAGGAGUGUUCACACAGAUCUUUAAAGAGGAGAGAGGACUGUACCAGGACAAGGUGUUCUGCUUCAUCCAUCUGAGUGUUCAGGAGUUUCUGGCUGCUCUUCAUGUCCAUCUGACCUUCAUCAACUCUGGAGUCAAUCUGCUGCAAGAACAACAAACAACCUCACUGAAGCCUGAAACAAGGGAAUCUGCAGAGAAGCACUUCCACCAGAGUGCUGUGAACAAGGCCUUACAGAGUCCAAAUGGACACCUGGACUUGUUCCUCCGCUUCCUCCUGGGUCUUUCACUGCAGAUCAAUCAAGAUCUCCUACGAGGCCUGCUGAGACAGACAGGAAGUAGCUCACAGACCAAUCAGGAAACAAUCCAGUACAUGAAGGAGAAGCUCAGUAAGAAUCUGUCUGCAGAGAAAAGCAUCAAUCUGCUCCACUGUCUGAAUGAACUGAAUGAUCGUUCUCUAGUGGAAGAGAUCCAACAGUUCCUGAAAUCAGGAAGCUUCUCCACAGAUAAACUGUCUCCUGCUCAGUGGUCAGCUCUGGUCUUCAUCUUACUGUCAUCAGAAAAAGAUCUGGAUGAGUUUGAACUAAAGAAAUACUCUGCUUCAGAGGAGGCUCUUCUGAGGCUGCUGCUAGUGGUCAAAGCGUCCAACAAAGCUCUACUGAGUCAUUGUAACCUCUCAGAGAAAAGCUGUGAUGCUCUGUCCUCAGUUCUCAACUCCCAGUCCUCUUGUCUGAAAGAGCUGGACCUGAGUAACAAUAACCUGCAAGAUUCUGGAGUGAAGCUUCUGUCUGCUGCACUGCACAGUUCACAUUGUACACUGAAAACUCUCAGAUUGAAGGACUGUGGUUUGUCAGAGAUCAGCUGUGAUUAUCUGGCAGCAGCGCUGAAGUCCAACCGCUCGUAUCCCAGAGAGCUGUACCUGAGUGUAGACUACAACAACCUGCAGGAUUCAGGAGUGAAGCAGCUGUGUGUUCUUCUGGAGAAUCCACGAUGUCGAUUUGAAACUCUGAGACUGAAUCACUGUGAUCUGUCAGAGAGAAGCUCCAAAGCUCUGUCCUCAGGUCUCAGCUCUCAGACCUCUAAUCUGAGAGAGCUGGACCUGAGUAACAUUAACCUGAAGGAUUCAGGCAUGAAGCUCCUGUCUGAAGGAAUAAAGAGUCCACACUGUACACUGGAAACUCUCAGCCUGUCAGGCUGUCUGAUCACAGAGGAAGGUUGUACUUCUCUGGCCUCAGCUCUGCAAUCCAACCCCUCCCAUCUGAGAGAGCUGGACCUGAGCUACAAUCAUCCAGGGGACUCAGGAAUGAAGCUGCUGUCGGCUGAACUGAAGGAUCCAGGCUGGAGACUGGACACUCUCAGGGUGGAGCCUGCUGGAGUCCGAUGGUUGAGACCAGGUCUGAGGAAGUAUUCCUGUCAACUCACAAUCGACACAAACACAGUGAACACAAAGCUCCAACUGUCUGACGACCACAGGAAGGUGACAGAUGUGUGGGAGAUUCAGUCAUAUCCGUAUCAUCCAGACAGAUUUGAUGUUCUUCCUCAGCUGCUGUGUAGAAAUGGUCUGACUGGUCGCUGUUACUGGGAGGUCGAGUGGAGAGGACAUAUUUAUAUAUCAGUGAGUUACAGAAGCAUCAGAAGGAAAGGAGACAGUGAUGACUGCGAGUUUGGAUUUAAUGAUCAGUCCUGGAGUCUGUACUGCACUGAUGAUCGUCCUCUUUUUGUAAGGCACAAUAACAAAUCAACAUCCAUCUCCUCCUCCUCCUCCUCUGUCUCUAACAGAGUAGCAGUGUAUGUGGACUGUCCUGCUGGCACUCUGUCCUUCUACAGAGUCUCCUCUGACACUCUGAUCCACCUCCACACCUUCAACACCACAUUCACUCAAACUCUUUAUCCUGGGUUUAGGUUCUAUCCUGGUUCCUCAGUGUCCCUGUGCUGAGUGUAAAGAGUGUCUCCUGUUAGAGAAACACUCUGACUGUUGAACAGAUAGUUCAGUCUGUACAUGUCUGUCUCUUUCACUCACAAACAUGUUUUCAGAUUCAUGGAUUCAAUCAGUUGAUGUUUGAAACUCUUCUAAAUGAUUCCUUGUAAACUUCUUCCUCUUCAGUCCUUUAAAGAUGGAAUC